AUGGUGACCAGGACAAAGAAAAUCUUCGUAGGAGGGCUUUCAGCACCCACAACGCUGGAGGAUGUCAAGAAUUAUUUUGAACAGUUUGGACCGAUUGAAGAUGCGAUGCUUAUGUUCGACAAACAAACAAAUAGGCACAGAGGUUUUGGAUUUGUCACGUUUCAAAGUGAAGACAUAGUAGACAAAGUUUGCGAAAUACACUUUCACGAAAUCAACAACAAAAUGGUGGAAUGCAAAAAGGCGCAACCGAAAGAAGUGAUGCUUCCGGCGAAUCUGGCGAAAACGAGAGCCGCCGGACGCGGCGCCUACGAUUUCAUGUGGUCAUUGGGUGCUCUUCCUGACGGUUUCCCCGCAGCGUACGCCGCUUAUGCGGCAGGGCGUAGCUAUUCGGGCUAUCCUAGCUUCGGGCUGCCAUACCCUGCAGUGGACCUGACGAACGGCCAACUAACACCGAAUAACAACACACCGCUGCUCGCGCAAGCGCUCUCAGUUAUGAACAACUACCAAGCAGCAGCGGCUGGCUUCGGACCACCAGCAUCACCGCACACGGCUGGAGGCAGAGCCGGCUUCCCCGCUGCUAGCUCGCCGGGACCAGCGCUAGACGUCUACGGAUCGGCCGCCGACAGCGUCGGAUACGUGCAAGCAGCCAGCCCCCAGCCCUCCGGAUUCCCAGCCAUUGCUGUUAGCCGCGCACCCCUCAAUUACACCCCAGGACCCCUGAUUCCUGCGGCUUUCACCAACGGAUACCAUUGA